AAGAAGAAUGUCAGUGAAGAAGUAACUAACAGCUCUCUGAUAAAUAUUUUUACAUACAAACGUCAAAAUGAGAAAUAAAUUCAGAGUUGUUAUUUGGAAAAAUUUUAUAAUCAGAAGAAGGCAUUGGUUUCUCACUAUAUUGGAGUCGUUACUUCCAAUCGCUUUGUUCUUCCUGAUAGCAUAUGGGAGAAGCAAAAUUGAUGGACUGAGUAAAAAGGAAGUUACCUAUCCCAGUCGCAGUGAAGUAAUGUCAAUUUCCAAAGACAUCGAUGUUGGAUCGACAUACAUUCUUUAUACUCCAGAGAACAAUUUCACCACCAGUGUGAUGAAAAUAUUUUGGAACAAUUUUCAAAUACCUAGUGAUAAAGUGUUUGGGUUUGGGACUGAAGUAAACAUGGUGGAACAUUAUCACAAACUUUAUAAUUAUACGAUCAUUGCUAUAGUUUUCUCUGGAAACGACCCGAAAAAUGUGAAAUACACCAUUAGAUACCAUGAAAACCGGCCCUACUACGAAAACGAAAUAUCCACUAACCUAAGAUACUUACCGCCCUUUUCACCAUUCGUACCUGGACAAGGAAGCAACUACUAUUGGAAGGGCUUAAUUUCUGUACAAAAUAUGUUAGACUUAUCAUUCAUUCAGUACUCUCUCAAUAUGGAAAGUGAUGUUACUAUAGAAGUGCAGGAGUUUCCUUAUCCUCCAUACAUAUUGGAUUCAGGCAUCACCAAUUUAUUUUUGGAAUAUUUGCCUGUGAUGACCAUAUUCAGUUUCAUAUUCCUCUGCCCUGCUGUGUUGAAAAGAGUUGUUGAAGAGAAGCAUUCGGGAAUCAAGGAGCUCUUGAAAAUGGUUGGCAUGGAAUCAUGGAUGCUUUGGCUAGGAUGGAUGGUCUACGGAAUGGUCCCUAUUUUCUUUUCGGUAUCUAUUAUAGUUUUUUUAAUGAAAGUACCUAUUUUUGGCUCAGAAUACCCGCCAAUUGAGCAUAGUAACUUUUUGCUGUUAUUCUUUUUUUUGUUAUUUUACUGUAUGACAUCUAUAACACUCUGCUUUGCUAUAAGUUCUUUUUUCAGUAAGCCUACAACUGCCAUGGUUACUGGCAUCCUAAUUUGGAUUUUAUCCUACUGUGUACCUAAAUACUCUUUAGGCCUUCACGAAUCAAACCAGCUUUCUUGGUUUGUAAACAUUUUAUUGAAUUUAUUACCUAACAUGGCAUUACAUUACGGUUAUUCUGCAAUAUCCGUUUAUGAAGAGAGAGGUUUGGGAAUUCAGUGGAAUAAUUUUUAUCAGUCAAGUAGUGGGGGUGUUAAUGAUGUGACCAUGCUCAAUGUUUUUGUAAUGCUGUGGUUUGACAUGCUCUUAUUCGUGUUGUUUACGUUUUACAUGGAUGGUGUUAACCCAGGAAAAUAUGGUGUUCGCAAGUCACUGUUAUUUCCUAUUUACCAUUUGGUAAAAAAAUUUAGUAAAAUAAAUAAUGUUGUGGUAAAUUGUGAAACCCUUCCUUUAGAAAAUAUUGAGGAAGGACGUGGUAUGGACAAAGGAAUAGAAAUUCAUAAGUUAUAUAAGAGGUAUGGUUCCAAAAUGGCAGUAAGUAAUCUAAAUUUAGAUAUCUACAAAAACCAAAUAACUGUCUUGCUUGGCCAUAAUGGUGCAGGAAAAUCCACCACAAUGUCCAUGAUAACUGGCAUGCUAGAAGUGACUUCAGGAUCUAUAAUAAUAAACGGCUCUGAUAUAAAAAAUAAUAUGGACAAAAUAAGACAAAACCUUGGACUUUGUCCUCAGCAUAAUCUUUUUUUUACGGAUUUAACAGUCAGAGAACAUCUGCUAUUUUUUGCCAAACUUAAAGGCCGAACAUCUCAGGAUGCUGCAUUGGAAACAGAUAAACUUCUGAAAGACAUGAACCUUUACGAGAAAAGAGAUUCAUUAGCUCACACUCUUUCUGGUGGUAUGAAAAGGAAAUUGUGUCUAGGGAUGUCCCUGGUAGGUGGAUCAAAUGUCCUGAUUCUAGAUGAACCGUCUUCUGGGAUGGAUCCAGAAUCUCGUCGACAACUAUGGGACUUGCUGCUGUCCUGGCGGGGAGAAAAGACUAUUCUUGUAACAACACAUUUCAUGGAAGAAGCUGAUGCCUUAGGAGAUUGGAUAGCGAUAAUGGCUGAUGGAGCCCUUCAGUGCUAUGGAACGCCAAUGUUCUUGAAGAAAAGAUAUGACACUGGUUAUCACUUAUCACUGAUAUUGAAUGAUGACAAAACCACAGAUGAGGCAGCCCUUAGGAAAAAUAAAAUAUCCCUUAUUAGGAAAGAAGUUGACAGACAUAUCCACGGAAAUCAACUGAAAUCUCAGGAUGGGAAUCAUAUUGUUUUUGUGUUGCCCUUUGAAAGUAAUACAGAAUUGGCAAAUUUGCUGGAAGAGCUGGAAAAGAAGAAAAACGAAUUAGGAAUUGCGAACAUUUCUGUCACCGUAACUACUCUUGAAGACGUAUUUUUGAAAGCCAGAGUUGAAAGUAGUGGUGAGGAUGAUCAAAUCGAGAGAUCGCCAUUGUGCCCAACUGUCAAACUCACCUCAUCUCGAACCAAAAUGACAAUCAGCACUUUGUUAAUGAAAAAAUACCUAUUUAUGAAAACAAAACGAUGGGCCUACAUAAUACCUCUGUUGAUAGCAUUGCUCUUCUUCUCGCUGACUGUUUACCUUACAAGCCAAGGAAAGAGUAACUUCAAUGACGAGGGACCAUCGCUUGCAUUCCGCCUAAACCUGUAUGGAGAAUCUUCUGUUUUUUAUAAUGGCUCACCAACUAAUUCCCGCAUGGAGCUUCUAAAAUCGUUUUACAGACAAGCAGUCGAAGCUGGUGGUAGUGAAGCUUUCAAUGUUGUGGACGUGGAGGAAUCAAUAAUUGAAAAAGGAGAGGAUAACAUUGCCUACUACAAGGAACACAUGAUUGCUGCUGCGAAUUUUUUUGUUACAAAUGGGAGCAUUAGAGCUGUAGCUAUGUACAACGCUGUUGCUCUUCACAGUUUACCAAUUUCUCUCAAUUUAAUCACGAAUGCAAUUGUAAAGACGUUACUAGGUAGUGAAUACUCUAUUUCAACCAGUUACUGGCCUCUGGAAAGUAUUGACACCUCCGCAUCCCCAGUAGAAUACUCUGAGACCAUGUUUGCAGUACUGUGGUUGAUUAUGAUACCCAUAGGCUGUUUAUUCAUCCUCGGCAGCUUCAUCAUAUUCCCACACACAGAGAUUUCUACAAGGUUCAUUCAGCUGCAGUAUAUGUGCGGAGUAAAGCCUGUUGUUUAUUGGAUUAUCAACUUUUUAUCCGAUCUAGUUGUAUAUUUCAUUAUGAUAUUUCCACUGACUUUGAUUGUUUGCCUUGCUUCCCCUCCUUUCAGACAAAUCUAUGAAUUUGGUAUGCUGUUGGCAAUUUUAAUUGUGUAUGGUAUGUGUGGUAUACCAUUCACUUACUUAUUUACCCGUAAGAGCUCUGCUUCAGGAGCCUUUGCUCUUCUUGUUAUUAUGGGCAUAUUUUUGGGUGUAAUAAUGGCCCUUGUUAUUGGGGUUUUGAUGGAAUCAGGCAGUAAUUACUACAAGGGCAUAGGAUUGAACAUCAAAUAUAUCUGUAUGUUAUUUAUACCCCAAGUAGCUUUGACUGGUUCUAUUCUCGAUUUCUCCCGAAGAGUUGUUAACGUCUACAAUUUCCAAGUUGUGCCUAAGAAGCUUGAUAGCAGGUGCUCUUAUAGUGGUUAUGAAUGUUGCAUAGAAACUUCCGAGGAAUGCCUAAAUUUCAAAAAUUAUGGGCUUAUGUUGAGAGAAAAUUUUUAUCUGAUGUUUAGCAGUUGUGUCAUCUAUCUUUUCCUAAAUAUUCUGUUGGACAAUUAUACGUUUAGAAGAGCACUUUCCUGGGUCAAGUAUACACUUUCCAGCUGUUAUUAUAAAAUCUUUCUCAAAAGAGAUGAAAAUACUGACAAUAUCAGACCAGGAGAGAGAGAUGAUAGCAAUGGCACUCUAAAGGCCAAUAAACUUUUUAAAACUUACUCUGGGAAGCAAAUUGUUAAAAAUAUCGAUUUCACGCUCCAAGAUAGGGAAUGUCUUGGUAUUUUGGGUGUGAACGGAGCAGGAAAAACAACAACUUUCCGUAUGUUAACUCGCGAGGAGAUAGUAGAUAAUGGUCAGAUACAUUUGUUGAAAGACGAAAAGAAAAUAAAUAUCAAUCAAGAUGAGUACAUGGAACAACUCGGGUAUUGUCCCCAAGCAGACACAUUAAACUUCAUUCUGACUGGCAGAGAGAUACUCACUGUUAUAGCCCAACUUCGUGGCAUUGAGAACUACAAAAGAGAAGUUGAUUAUUUUUUGGAAUAUUUCGAUCUGGAGAAGUACGCUGACCAGCCUUGUGGUCACUACAGCGGAGGUAACAAACGAAAACUAAGUCUAGCAGUGUCCAUAAUAGGCUUUCGAAAGGUUGUAUUACUUGAUGAACCCACCAAUGGAGUCGACCCAUCUUCUCGUAGGAAAUGUUGGAAAUUGAUCAAAGGUGUGCAGGAAGAAAAGAAUUUGUCCUUCAUUUUAACAUCUCAUAGUAUGAUGGAAUGUGAAGCGCUAUGUAAUAAAUUGAAGAUUAUGAAGGAAGGAGAGUUUGUUGAACAAGGUUCCCUGAGCGAGCUCAAAAAAAGGUUUGGAGGAUUUACUUUGAAGCUCAAACUGUUCAAAAGUGGAGAAAAUGAACUGGACGAGCUUGAUGCUGCAGAAUUCUCACGUGAAGAUCCGUUAACAUUCCAUACAGUUGAAGAAAUCAAGGAUUAUUUCACGAAAAACUCAAGAGGUGAACUCAAAGAUGAACAUGCUGGUUUGUUACAUUUUUACAUAAAAGGAGACGAGAAAAAUCAAAAAUGGAGCACCAUUUUCAGGGAGGUGGAGAAUAUAAAAUCAAAAAAUCCACACCUGAUCGAAGAUUACAAUAUUAGCGAGGCAUCUCUUGAAGAUGUGUUUUUGAAAGUCGCUAGAUCUGAAGGUGAAGAAAACACCAAUGGUAAAUAAUAAUAAUAUACAGGAUGAACCUGUCUAUAUAGUCUAUCAGUCGCAGAGGGUUGCAACUCAUCAGUUUUUAUAAAACAGAUAUUCUACCAAUAGUAAAAAUAAGUCUGGAAUCAGGAGCAACAAUAAUUAGGUGCAACAAAAGUUUGAAUUUUUUGAAUUGCUGAUGAUUAUUGAUGACUUUUUCAAUAAAGACGUCAGUGAAUAAAUGUCCAAAUGUCGGCAAUUGAACAAAUGUAAACAUUUUAUUUUGAUGUCCUUCGCCCCUGGAGCCAGAUUAAUUAUUUUAGACCAUUAAUAAUGAGUGAUGCUAAAAUAUCAUUAUUAUUGCUUGUACUUCAUUUCAAAAAUAUUUCAUUUGGGAAAAUAGGAAAUACACAGUGACUUAAUUAAAUCGGUUUUUCCCAUUAUAAAAAGAGAGAAAAUUCAAAUCCAUAUUACACAUUAAGACACUGCACAUUUUUUCAUAUCUGAAUCUUCCAUCUUUGAAUUUUUCAUCUCAGUGAAGUCCCUUUAUGAGAAAAAAAUUAAAAUGUUUGAAACAGAGUAAAAAUAAUAAUAAAGUAAAAAUAAAAAAAACCCAAUCUUAUUAUGAACAUUGUUAGGCUGUGAAAAUCAAAUAUUACUUGUUAUUUAUGUUUCAUGUAGAUAUGCAAGAUUUAGAAAUUAAGUUGGGGUGAGAUGGUACAUGUAAAAUUAUAUAAUAAUUCAUCUGAAAAAUCGUAAAAGAAUAAUAAAAAAUGAUGAAAAAUAUGAUUUGAAAAUAUCUUUAAUUUAUCAUUUUAUAUGCUUGGAUUUUAUUUGUAUUUCAGUUUAUAUUUAACCACAAUAUCCUAUAUAAAUUUCAAAGAAAAGGUGAGUUGUUAACUAAAUGUACAAGGUUGUUGUUUGUUGUGAUUUUUUCAAUAUUUGGGAAUGACACUAAUGGUUUGAGAACAGAUACAAUAAUUAUAAUAUUAUUAACUGAUUAUUUUACAAGGUUUUCAAUUUAUUUUGAUAGAAAUGAAUCAUUUUACAUUGUUUCUUGAAAAAAAAAAUUGUGUAUGGCACUACCGAAAUUGACAAUAUUGUGUUUCAAAGAAAAUCUUUGAAAAAGUUUCAUUACAAUCCAAGGUCAACACCAUUAGUUCAUGAAAUGCUAUUUUCCUAUAUUAGUGAUCAAAAUCGAACGUAAUGUCGAUGAUGAAUUGAACUGUCUCAUUGACAAGUUGAUUUAUGGUAAUAUAAAAAAUAGCAAGAAAUUAAAAAAAUUGAAAUCUUAUGCAGUAAGUUGACUGUCAAAAUAUAAUGGACAAAUGCUAUGCUGGUUUUAAUUAUAAAAAAUGCCUUCCAAAAUUAUGCUUUUUACCCGUUUCUACUUUUUGUUAUUAGAACUAAAAAGACGCUCACUUUUUUCUUCAGUACAUGAUCAUUCAAGCAGUUUAAGGUUAAAGGAGAUGAUAAUCGGGGUUACAAUUGAGUCACAUUGGUGAGAUCCCAUGAUAAUAAUAUUUAUUCAGUUGGAUCAUCUAUAGAUGAUAUUGAGUAUCUCAAAACGUGUACAAAUAGAAAAUUAAAAAUACAAACUCCGUGCACUUAGAGGCACAAUAUCCAAUUUACAUUGGUAAUAUAAUAUAUAAUAGUCAAAACCUAAAAUAAUCUGCUAUUUAUGCAACAGCAUCGUUAUUAAAAUCGGUAUAAAAUGUUGAACAUGUACAAAGUAUAUAAAAGUCAAAACCAAAAAUAAUCUGUUAUGUAACAGCAUCGUUAUUAAAAUCUUGCUAAAAUGUUACACAUGUACAGGGUCGUAAGUUAUCAUGCAUAUAUUCUUUGAGAGAAUAAUAGGAUUUAUCCAGGAGCAACUCUUUGAUUUUUUAAUAGUUACACUGUUUUAGAGCCAAAUUUUUUAUUGUACUUGGAAGUUUAUUGUACAUGAAUCUGUAAAUAACCAGAUGAAAUUAGAAAUAUGUAUUGUGAGAUCUGCAAAAAAUUUACUUCACAAAAAACAUUUUUUUUUGGUGGCAGAGUCAUGUUUCAAAUCUGCAAUAUGGGUCUCCAAUUUGAAAUGCAUAAAAAAGAUAAACUUGGUAUAUGUGAUUGAAGCGGUAAUUCAUUUGAAUGUAUUUACUAAAUACUUUUUGGUAAAGAAGUCUUAUUAUUGAAAAAAUACUUGACAUACAAAAAAAGCUUCAUCCUCAAACACCAGAGUCUACAAAAUAUUUUGUAAACAAUGUUGGAUUAUGGCUCCUAGAUCUAUUUAAAUCAUAAGUAGUUUUAUUUUCACAUAGAAACGAAGAUCAAAAUGUUUAGUUAGUUCUAGAAAAUAUAAAUAAAUACUGAAAACAUUGAGUAUGACGUCAUUCAUACAGGAAAUUGCAUUUUUGAAACGUAACUAUUGUUGCCGAUUCCUGUUUAUGUGAUUUGCCAGUUUUUCUGAUCUUUCAAAUAUAAAACCCCUAAUAUUUGAAUAUUCAUUAAUGAGUUAGUGGAGAGAGAAUAGCAUUUCAAACUUUUGUAUUUUUGUAAAUAUUUAAAAUGUAAAAAUAUUGAGGUUAUUACUUGGUUCUGUAUUAUAUUUUUAUUAUACAUAGCACCCUCUGCA